AGGUCCCGCCUUCUGGUCUUGUAGGGACCGACCCGGGUGGAAACUGGGCACCCAUGGCUGUGGCAGCGAUGGGCGAGCGUGGCCGCCUACCGCACGCCGCGCCCAGCACCGAGGGUCUCCCGCGAGCCUUUCUCCAGAGCCUGCGCACCCUCUUCGACAUCCUGGACGACCGGCAGCGCGGCUACGUGCACCUGCGCGAGAUCGAGUCCCGCUGGCAGGGUGCAGACGCGCGCGAGCUGCCGUGCGGCGUGCUCGAGGGCCUGCGCCAGGUGGCCCCGGCCAGUGGCUACCUGACUUUCGAGCGCUUCGUGGCGGGUUUGCGCACCUCGCUGCUGAACGCCGACGGCGGCCCACGGGAGCAGGCACGCGGCGUGGUCCGACCUGGGGACCAGUCCUCGCUGCAGCAGCGCCUGAUGUUCGCACCGGCCGACGAGCCGCGGACUGUCCUAGAGAGGAAGCCGCUACCCUCGAGUGCGCGCCCUGCUCCUGCCGGCCCCAGUGGCACCUCCCGGAACCCUGAGCUAUUAUUGUGCGCCCGGGCGGAGACGGCGCCCUGCCCCGCAGGGCCCGAGCCGCCCCUGGGCAAGGCGCUGGAGCGGAGGCCCAGCGCAGAUUCGGGUCCUUCUCAGUGUGACACCCUGCAGAGACAACCCGGCUUACUUCUCCACCCAGGCCGAGGAGCACCUAGCACAUUUGCUGAAGAAGGUGCCCCAGCCUGCAAGACCCUGGACCCAGGCACAGGAGGCCGGCAGGCUCCGCGGGCCCGAGGCGAACGUCGGAGGCAUACCAUCACCAACGGUGUAGACUGUGGCCUGUUGAAGCAGCUGAAGGAGUUGGACCAGGAACAGGAAGUGCUGCUGCAGGGCCUGGAGAUGAUGGCUCGGGGCCGGGAAUGGUACCAGCAGCAGCUGCAGCGCGUGCAGGAACGGCAGCGCCGUCUGAGCCAGAGCAGAGCUGCAGCCGACUUUGGGGCUGAAGGGAGCCCCCGCCCACUGGGGAAGUUGCUGCCCAGUCAGGAGGUGGCCCGGUGCCUGGGGGAGCUGUUGACUGCAGCCUGUUCCGGCAGAGCUCUGCCUUCGCCUUCUUCAGGGCCCCCGGGCCCCACCUCACCCUCAACGCCAGUCUGGCAGCAGCAGACCAUCCUCAUGCUCAAAGAAUGGAACCGGCUGCUCACUCAGGAGGUGACUGAUAAGAGCCAGCGCAUCACUCAGCUGGAGCGAGAGAAGUCUGCACUCAUCAAGCAACUGUUUGAGGCCCGAGCUCUCAGCCAGCAGGAUGCGGGGCCUCUGGACUCCACUUUCAUCUAGUAGGCUGUACCUCUCCAGGACCCACAUAGACUUACCCUCGGCUCCACGGCACCUCACCGCUGUGAGCCUGACUUCUGACUGAGGAUCAC